AACCAAUCAUCUUCUUCCAUACACGGAAGAGGGAAGUUCAGUUCGCUCACAUCGCGGGACAAAAGCCUGGCUUCUUAUCUGAAGAUUUAAAUGUGAAUGGCUUCGCGUCUGGUUACAUGACGCAAAAUGUGUCAGCCGCAGCCACCGAUGCAGCUCCCGCAAACAGCGCAGGCCGCACCGAGCGUCCAGGACACGCGGUUCUGGCUGGACAAAGCGGUGUGCUGGGGCCAGGCCGGCGGCCCAGCAGACGCUCACAAAGACACCUCCGUGCACUUGAGCAGACUGAAGGAUUUCCUCCAGCAACUCCUCACACAUAUCAACGACACGAGCUCCACAACAGGGACCUUGAAGAGGCUGCCCCUCCUUGGACAGCUCCUUGGCCGACUCUGCUGGAGCCCUUAUGUCACUGCUGAUGCUACAGGCAGAAGGCUGCUGCUCCAGUGUCUGUGGGGACUGUACUCAGAGCAUCCAGGCAAUGCUGUGGAGAGAAAAGCUAACCAGUGGAUUCGGAAGGUGCUGUGUCAGCUUGUUACAGAGGAAGAUGAUGCUCCAGCGCAGGCGUUGAUGAAGAAAAUGGAUAUUCCACCUAAAGAUUACCAUCUCGAGGUUCUGAGGAAGAUGGUGGCACUGCUGCAGGAAACCAUUGGGAAGAGCUGCAGUUCUUUGGGUGACAUAAAUCAGAGGUGUUCGUGUGACAACAUUCUGGCCACAUCGGAGGCUUGUGUCCCUCUGGUCACAUGUCCUGAGGCUGCUCCUCUCAUUGGUGCACUGCUGCAGCAGCAAGUGACCUGUGUGAGGGCAGCACUUAGUAAAGACUUCCUGGAUGCCGUUAGCUCCGCCUACUUCAGCCAGUGCUUGUCAUUGGAGGAGCAGGCUGUCGUCUCUCUGUGGUACCACGACCUGUCCAGUCUGGAGGAAGCAGUGCUCCGUCUGCUGGAGUGUGCUCUCACUUUCUCAGGCCCAAUCCCACGGAAGCAACUGGAACAGUCACUACUGCCCAAAGCCUGUGCUCAGCACUGCUCUAUUUUCUUGGUUGUAAACGACAUCUUCAGGUCCAUCCUUAAGCAAGCCGAAGGGGCAGAGUGUGUUAAGUAUUUCAUCCGAGCCUUUACCAGCUGCUUCCUCGGGGAGGUGCAGCAGCAGCAGCAGCAGCAGACGAGUGUGUCUUUGAAGGCCAUGUUUCCACAGUCACCUCAGAGUCUGCUGCUUCCUCUCUUGACCCGGCCAACAGAGAUGCCCCAACAGGCCUGGAGACGUCACCUAAUCUGCCUCAGCGGCUCAUUACAGAGACUGACAGAGGAGGAAGAGGACGGAGACGACGAAGACGACGGCAGCACCACAUCAGGGAGGUACCACAAAGUGUUUGAGGCCUGGUUCCUUCUGGUCCAGUGUUCCCAUUGGGUGCAAGUGGCCGUCCAGCUGCUGGUCACAUCGGAGCCUGAGGACUGCGCCCCCCUUCUGUGGCUGCUUACCUUCUACCACCACCCUACCAACAGGGGGCACCACAGAGCACUGCAGCUGGUACGUUGCGGAGAAGCAUGGGACCACCUUCACUCCCUCUUCUUGGCUCGUCCUCUUCCUGUUGACCGCCUGCACUCAUUGGUCACUCUGCUGUCUCCACAACCCCAGCCAUCGCUGUGUCCAUUAUUGACCCUCAACCUGUUAGUCAACUUUGCUGUUUUUCUCCAACAAUCCCUGAGUGCAUCAACAGAGAUUGUGAAGAUGGUGGUGGAUCGGUGUGGUCUUCUUGAUGGAGCACAGUGGCUUCUCAGGUCUCUGGAGAUCAGGAUGAACGAAGACGACCGCUUAUCAAGCGACACUGAACGAGUUCAUCUCAGGAUCCAGGCACUUCAAAAUACAUUAUCAAAUGCACGUAGCAUCAGGCCCUGCCAAGAAAUAAGCCCUCACGCCUCAAAAGAGGCACCUUUGCAGAAUAUCCAAUAGCCUCGCUCCUGUUGGGACAUGCUGCGAUGCAUGAAGUGUGUCAAAACAGCACAGGGAGGACCGAUUAGGUGGAGAGUCUACAAUCACACGCAAACAACCACGCAACACAUCUGCAAGGCCCCCC